AUGCAGCACGUCCUCUCCAGACAGCCCGAACUCUCCAGCGACUGGUACGGUGUCCAGCACACGCCCCGCCAACCCAUACCCACCCGCUCUCUCCAACGAAAAUCCCCCGCACCGCCGUCCAUCAACCUCGACGACUGCAAGCCGAUCCUUCCCACCACCCGUUCAACCACAGGCAGUGGCUCCAGCUCAGGCAGCAGCACCGCUUUCGUCUUCACCUCCUCGCGCACAACCCGCCACCACCACCAGCAGCCCGACUCCCAGCCCUCGUCGCCCUCCUCCAUGCAUUCCGUCUCCACCACAUCCACCCACCGCGGACGGCCCGCUCUCAGUCCAUCCCAGCUUGCCCGGCACUCCGAGGGCGCCGUCGACACCCGCAACAUACUCGGUCCUAAUAUGCGUGCAGCUGGCUUCGUCCACCUCUCUCAGGCUCUCGCCCCAGAGAGCCAUGCUAUGCUCCACGGCUCCUCUACAGCCAGCUCCCCUCAAUCACCCGGCACUGUCAACGAUCUGCACACUCCGAGCGACCCGCCACCCUUCCCACCCAUCCUCUUCGUGAACCCCUCCGUCGUCGGCAGCACCCCCAUGUGGGAAUACCAGCGUUCCGGCCCCAGGGGCGCAUACACGGUGGAGAAGGAUCCCAGGCCCAUCGAUACAAGCAGCAAUGGUGCACGCACAAGCACAUGGGGGAAUGGGCCGAGCCAUAAUGUCUCAAACCUCCUCCAUCCCGCUCCAAUCAUCUCUUCGUCGCGGUCCUCGAUGUCUGGCGUCUCCAGCUCUUCAGGGACGCUCGUAUCCUCCUCGGACUCGAUCUCCAAGUCGUCAUCAGUGCAUUCACUCGGGGCAUUGCUCAGGCAGGAGCGCGCUAAGGGCAAAGCAGUCGAACGCGACUUCGGGCUGGAUGAGUAUCCCUUUCCGCGCACGUUCGCCGCGAACUCGCGCCUCCCACCCAAGACGUCCUCAUCUUCGAAAACCACGUCGACAUGCCCUUCCAAUGCUACACAGCCGAUCGCAAUCCCCAUCGAGCACACGUCUUCGACCGCCUCGACCACCUCAACCACCUCGCGGCAUUCUCACCAACCCCACAAGGAGAAACCAAAAGAGAAGCUCCGGGAGAAGGAGAGAGAGAAGCAGCAGAUGAGGUACUCAGAACGCACAUCCAAGGACAAAAAUGACCCGAUGGGUACGCCGAGUCGCGCGAAGUCGCGUUACGAGCUGAGUAUCACGGAACUGUGCGAGACAUCUCCCUUCGCAUGGACAACUCCGGCAGAGAACUUCGUCCCGCUUACUCACACGCCGCGUCGCGCACCCAGCAGCAGCGCAUCCAGCACGGGCUCGGUCUCUGGCACGGCGGUCAGCAUCAGCUCGAGUAGUAGCGAGCGUUCGAAGGAGAAGCAGAAGGCGCGGGAACUUUCAGAGGCAAUUGCCGAGGAGCCGGAAGAGACGAACAAGGAAAACGAAGUAGGCAAGCUUGGGCGCCGGAAAACGGACGAGGAGGAGUGGGAGCUGUCCAAAGACGAUCCGAAGGCGCACAGGCGCGAGAAGCCGGCAGGGGACCGCGGGCGCGACGUACACGCAAAGGCGCUGGCCGUGGACCACGACGAAGAGCAGCGGGCGAAGGAAACUCUCAGCGCACUCGUGCACGCCCGCAAGGAACGCGACCGCGAGCGCGCCCGCCACGCCGCCGCUGCACGUACUACUGCGUGGGACCGCGACCGCGAACGCGAGUGGGAGCGCCAGCAGAGGCGUGUGAGGGCCAAGGAGAAGAACGCCUUCGUCGACACGCCUGGCGACGCGGAGAUCAUUGUCGAUGUCAUCGUCCCCAAUAUGAGGAUGUGA